UGCAGUUGCCCAGUUGCAGUGUGUGGCUUGACUCUGAUCAGCGUGUGAAAGACAUGGAUAUCCUCGAGACGCAUGCUUACGAUCGCCGCCAGCGCAGGAACACGUCCUGUCUUCUGUUUCUUUCACUCUUCCCUUUCUUCCUGUCUGCUGCUCUGUAUUUUUACUGGUGGAUCCCACUCUCUGAACCAUCUCUACUGGCGGCAGCUGUUAAGUCCGCCCCUACGUUCUCAUUGGCUCUGUUGGUUCUGAGCUACAAUGGUGGGAGAAGUCUGGUGGGUGUGGCAGGAGGACUGUUCUUCUCAGUGGGAGGAGACUGUUGCCUUAUAUGGGAUGAGCUCUUCCUUGCCGGGAUGGCCUGCUUUGCUGUAACUCACGUGCUGUACUCUGUCUCCUUUCUCUCUUCACACUAUUCAUCUCAUUCUUCCUCCUCCUUAUCAUUCUUUUUUUACCUCCUUUUGUGGUUGACAGGUGGUGGGACUUAUGCCUACCUGUUUCCACACCUACAGAAGUCACAUGACUCCUCCAUUCUCACACCUGCUGUUGGUGUGUAUGUGCUACUGCUUGUUCUCAUGGUAACACUGGCUCUACGAACCCGCCAGCCUCUGAUGGCGCUGGGCAGUCUGAGUUUUAUCGUGUCUGACUUCACCCUGGCCAUUCAGCAUUUCAAGGUCGUACCAAACCUGGAGCAUGGGCGGCUCUUUGUCAUGACAACAUAUUACCUGUCACAGCUGCUCAUCGCCGUGGGCGACGUGAGGGCAGGGACUGAUGAGGCUGCCGAAUUCCAUAAAUGGAAGAGAUCCUGAGCCACACCCAUUUGAGACAGACACACCCACAACACAAAUCCACCAUUCAGGAGGGUCUCAGCUUAUACACUCCCUUUAAACAGCUCCAACAGGAAACCACACCCUCAGUGUUUCUGUCCGACAGAGCGUGUGUGUGUGUGUGUGCAUGAGUAAGAGAUGAUAAUACACUGAGUUUGAUUAUUUUACA